GUCAGAAUAUGAAACGUGAGUCUGGAAGAAAAGUCCAGACUGGAAACAUCACUGCUGCUAAGACUAUUGCUGACAUUAUUCGAACGUGUUUGGGACCAAGAGCUAUGAUGAAGAUGCUCUUGGACCCCAUGGGUGGGAUUGUGAUGACCAAUGAUGGCAAUGCUAUUCUUAGAGAAAUUCAAGUCCAGCAUCCAGCUGCAAAAUCAAUGAUAGAGAUCAGCCGUACUCAAGAUGAAGAAGUUGGGGAUGGGACCACAUCUGUAAUUAUCCUUGCCGGAGAGAUGCUCUCUGUCGCUGAACACUUCCUUGAACAGCAGAUGCACCCAACUGUGAUCAUUGGGGCUUAUCGUAAGGCUCUGGAUGACAUGAUCAGUAUUCUAAAGAAAAUUGGCACUCCAGUGGACGUGAACAACAAAGAGAUGAUGCUUAAAAUAAUAAAGAGUGCUAUAAAUACCAAGGCAAUAAACCGCUGGUCUGACUUGGCCUGUAGCAUUGCUCUUGAUGCUGUUAAGACUGUGGAGUUUGAAGAAAAUGGCAGAAAGGAAAUUGAUAUUAAAAAAUAUGCAAAAGUAGAAAAGAUUCCAGGUGGUUUUAGUGAAGACUCGUGUGUUUUGCGUGGAAUCAUGGUGAAUAAAGAUGUAACUCAUCCCAGGAUGCGUCGCCUUAUUAAGAAUCCACGCAUUGUCCUUCUGGAUUGUUCACUAGAGUACAAGAAAGGAGAGAGCCAGACUGAUAUUGAAAUAACACGGGAGGAAGACUUUGCCCGCAUCCUGCAGAUGGAGGAAGAGUACAUUCAGCAGAUUUGUGAGGAUCUGAUGAGAGUCAAGCCAGAUCUGGUCAUCACAGAAAAAGGAAUUUCUGACUUGGCCCAACACUACCUGAUGAAAGCCAACAUCACUGCGAUCCGCAGAGUGAGAAAGACUGACAACAACAGGAUUGCCAGGGCCUGCGGAGCUCGCAUUGUGAGUCGCACGGAUGAGCUGCGGGAGGAGGAUGUGGGAACUGGAGCCAGGCUCUUUGAAGUUAAAAAAAUCGGAGAUGAGUAUUUUGCCUUCAUCACUGAUUGCAAAGACCCCAAGGCUUGCACUAUCAUUCUGCGGGGAGCCAGCAAGGAAAUCCUAGCAGAGGUAGAGCGUAACCUUCAGGAUGCCAUGCAAGUGUGUCGCAAUGUCCUCAUCGACCCGCAGCUGGUGCCCGGAGGGGGAGCUACCGAAAUGGCUGUUUCCCACGCGCUGACAGAGAAGUCCAAGGGCAUGACGGGCGUGGAGCAGUGGCCCUACCGUGCAGUAGCCCAGGCUCUGGAAGUCAUUCCCCGAACGCUGAUCCAGAACUGUGGCGCUAGUACCAUCCGUGUGCUGACCUCGCUCAGGGCAAAACACACUCAAGAAGGCAGCCAGACGUGGGGAGUGAAUGGUGAGACCGGAGCCUUAGCUGAUAUGAAGGACCUGGGGAUCUGGGAGCCUUUAGCGGUCAAAUUGCAGACCUACAAAACAGCGGUAGAGACUGCAGUUCUCCUCCUCCGUAUUGAUGACAUUGUUUCGGGGCACAAAAAGAAGGGAGAUGAUCAAAGCAAGCAGCCGGUUGCGCCAGAGGCAGCCCAGGAAUAA